AUGUCGUCCACAAGUUUUUUGAGCCGAGGUGCCAAGCCAGCUUUUGUUCGAUUCUUGAUUUUUGGGAUUCUACUUCAAGCGGUGCUUCUGGUUUUGAUCUACAAAAAUUCCAAGCCGUCAAGAUAUUCACUACCUAAAAAUCAAUCGAUAUUUGCAAAUAUUUCAUGCGAUGAUCUACUGAACGAAUGGAAUCCCAAAGUUCCAGUAUUAUUGAUUGAUUUGGAUUUUCUGGAAAAUUUGAAAACCGAGGAUUGUCGAUGGGAUGAGACAAAGAGGGUGAAGAUUGGAGUCCACGUGAAGGACAAGAAUGGAUCGAUCAUUGACACCAAUCGAUUCAAUGUUGUGUUUUAUGAAAAUCCGGAUAACAAAGACUUUUUGGAAUUCAAUGAAGAUGGGAAGAGGAUUAUUCCAAAAAGAUUCGAGACCCGUCAGAUCGGAAACUUCAAAGUUCCUACAAAUAUUCAAAGAUUUAUUGAAUUCUACAAACGAUCCAAGUUUGUGGAGUGUCUUGGUCUCGAGAUGAAUAGAAAUACAACAAAUAAAGCCAGUCAAAACGGUCCAGAGUCCGCCGGUAUCCUCGCUCGUUUCCGAGAUGAGCUAAUCGAUAUGGAGAUGUAUCCAUUGCUAAACGGUGGUACUCUACUCGGAUGGUACCGUGAAUGUACAGUAAUCCCACAUACCCGUGAUUUGGAUUUUUCGGUUUUCAAGGAGAAUUACAAUCCGGAGUACGCGGAGAAUGUUUUCAGGAAUGGAUCUUCCUUCAGAAUGAGUAGAAUGCUUGGGAAGCUUGAAGACUCCUACGAAAUCACAGUAGUUUCGAAGAAAGAAGGGCGACCUGCAAUUGAUUUAUUUGUGAUGUAUGACUAUGUGGAGGAUGGAAAAGUGAUCUACCGUUAUAUUCCAGGGCUAAAUGGCGACGGCACAAAAUACAGAUUCACCCAUCUCCUACUAGACCCCUCCUGCGCCGCUGAAAUGCAUGGUCAUCUAUUUUGGAUUCUUUGUAAUCCGAUAGAACAGUUGAAGCAUGAAUACGGACCACUUUGGUAUUUGGAUCACCCAACUGGCAAAUAUUACUGGAAUAGUUCCGGAAAAAAUGUGAAAAGCGCUGGGAAGUUCAGCAACGAGGAGAUGAAGAAGUAUUAUUUGCAUUUUAAAGGAUGA